UCGUGGCCGUACAUGAAAAACCCACUAUUUAUCCUCACAUUCAUUUACCCCUUCUCUUCUUCAAAAUUACACAACUUGCCACUACCUUUCCUUUACUUCUUCUCCUUCUUCCUAUUUUUCUAUAUCUUUCGUCUCGUUCGUGUAAUGUAACCUUCAAUGGCUUCUCUUCAAUUCCGUUACGUUCUCUCUCUUCUUUCGCCCUCGCUGAUUCCGCUUCCACCAAGAUUUUCUCGCACUUUCCCGCCCCGUUUUCCGGGAAAAUUGCGCGCUUUCUCUCUUGCGCGGAGGAGGCGAGUUCUCUCAAUCCGCUGCUGCUCCUCCAAAACCGGUUCGCAGCUUCAGCGAGUUCCUGUUCCCGAAGACGAUGACCGGCAUCCGUUUGAUAUCAACCUCGCGGUGAUUCUCGCGGGUUUCGCGUUCGAAGCGUACACUACUCCCCCUGAAAACAUGGGCAGGCAUGAAGUUGAUGCUGGUGGUUGCAAGACAGUUUACCUUUCUGAGGAAUUUGUUCGUGAAAUUUAUGAUGGUCAACUCUUCAUAAAGUUGAAAAAAGGGUUCAAUUUUCCUGCCAUGGAUCCAUGGGGAACAAGUGACCCAUAUGUGGUCAUACAAAUGGAUUCUCAGACUGCUAAAAGCAGUAUCAAAUGGGGGACAAAGGAGCCAACAUGGAAUGAGGAGUUCAUUUUUAAUAUUAAGCAGCCUCCAAGCCAAACUUUACAGAUUGCAGCUUGGGAUGCAAACCUUGUAACUCCUCACAAACGCAUGGGGAAUGCAGGUGUUGAUCUGAAGUGGCUUUGUGAUGGAGAUGUGCAUGAAAUACUGAUCGAGUUGGAAGGAAUGGGUGGUGGCGGAAAGGUUCAGCUGGAGGUAAAAUAUAAAAGCUAUGAUGAAAUUGAUGAAGAGAAAAGGUGGUGGAAGAUACCUUUUGUUUUAGACUUUCUAAAGAUAAAGGGUUUUGAUUCUGCAUUCAGAAAUGUUAUUGGUUCUGAUACAGUACAGGCUGGCCAAUUUGUGGAAUAUGCGUUUGGGCAGUUAAAGUCUUUUAACAAUUCAUAUCUUCUGAAGGGCCAGCAGUCUGAUAUUAAUAAUGAUAAGUAUGACCCUGAAGGUACACGGGAGCUGAACGAAUCUGUUUCUAUAUUCAAUAUGCCUUCUGAGGAAGCUGGUAGUUCAGAAGCCUCCAGUGAAGAUUUCAUUGAACAGAGGAACUCAAAUGAAUUUCACAAACAGGACAAUGAUACUGAAAAUGGACAUGCUUCUGAAUCAUUGUCAAAAGUUAGUGAGGAAGGGCUGUCAAAUCAAAUUUUUUGGAGGAAUUUUGCUAAUGUUAUUAAUUCUAGUAUUGCUCAAAAGCUAGGUCUCUCUGUUCCUGAAAAGUUCAAGUGGGAUGGAUUGGAGUUUUUAAACAAAAUUGGUUCACAAUCGCAAAAUAUUGCAGAAAGCAUUUAUGUUCAAUCUGGUCUUGCAAUUCCUGGAGGCACAGAUGAUACAAAUGAUAAAAUAAGCGGCCAACCUGCCAUUGCUGCAUUUCAGUCUUCAGUUCCAGAGGUCAAAAAAGCAACACAGAAAUUGAUGAGGCAGACUGAGUCAAUUUUAGGAGGUUUAAUGCUUUUGACUGCAACAGUUUCCAAAAUAAAAGACGAAGGGCGUUCUUCAGAAGAGAGGAUAAUCAAAGAAAAUUCUACCAAAGCAGGAAGCAAUGAUAUACAAUAUUCUACAAGUCCAAAGUUUCCUAGCUCACAGAAUGGAUUAGUGUUGGAUGAUAAAAAAACUGAAGAGAUGAAAGAGCUUUUUUCUACUGCUGAAAGUGCCAUGGAGGCUUGGGCAAUGCUGGCCACUUCACUGGGCCAACCUAGUUUCAUUAAGUCUGAAUUUGAAAAAAUAUGUUUCUUAGAUAAUGCAUCCACAGACACACAGGUUGCAAUUUGGCGUGAUUCCGCGAGAAGAAGGUUAGUGGUUGCUUUUAGGGGAACAGAACAGACUCAAUGGAAGGACUUAAGAACUGAUCUAAUGCUUGUGCCAGCCGGGCUAAAUCCUGAAAGGAUAGGCGGAGAUUUCAAGCAAGAGAUUCAAGUUCACAGUGGUUUUCUAAGUGCGUAUGAUUCAGUAAGGACUAGGAUCAUUUCUCUAAUUCGACUUGCAAUUGGUUAUGUAGAUGAUCAUUCUGAGUCGCUCCACAAAUGGCAUGUUUAUGUGACUGGUCAUAGUUUGGGUGGUGCACUGGCAACCUUGCUUGCUCUUGAACUUUCAUCUAAUCAAUUAGCUAAGCGGGGAGCAAUUUCUAUUACUAUGUAUAACUUCGGUUCUCCUAGGGUUGGUAACAAAAGAUUUGCAGAAGUUUACAAUGAGAGAGUUAAAGAUAGCUGGCGAGUUGUGAAUCACAGAGAUAUUAUACCCACAGUUCCCCGAUUAAUGGGUUAUUGUCAUGUUGAGCGACCUGUAUUUCUUGCUGCAGGGGUUUUAAGACAUGCCCUAGAAAACAAAGAUAUUUUGGGAGAUGGUUAUGAAGGUGAUGUUCUUGGGGAAUCAACACCAGAUGUUAUAGUCAGUGAAUUUGGUGUUGAAGUAUUGGUCAUCAGAAUUUUCAUUCUCGCAAACAUGGGGUCGGACCAAGUGCCACCUUUUAAAAAAGGUUCUAUCAUGUCAAAGUCAAGAAUCUAGAGCUAGCCAGCUUGCGGAAACUAGGGCAGCAAAUGGAUCAAGUUCAGCGUCAAGCCUUCAGCAAGGUAUAUGAGAAGAUCUGAGAUCUGGCAAUGAUAGAAGUGUCUGUUGAAGCCAUUGCAUCUCUCACUCAAUAUUACGACCAAUCACUCAAAUGCUUCACUUUUGGGGACUUUCAGUUAGCACCAACCAUAGAGGAGUUCGAAGGGAUCUUAGGAUGCCCGCUAUGGGAAAGGAAGCCAUACCUUUUUUCCGGAUUCUAUCAUUCUAUGGCAAGAAUAGCAAAGGUGGUCAAGAUCUUGGAACAAGAACUAGGCUGAGUGAAGCAAAAUAGGAAUGGAGUGGCAGGGAUACCAAGGAAGCGCUUGGAGGAGAAGGUGGAAGCUCUGGCCAGCAUUCAUCAACGUAUUAGCUCUACUAGUGUUUGGGACAACACUAUUCCCGAAUGUAGAUGAGUUGGUGGAUCUUAAGGCGAUCGACGCCUUUCUUGCUUAUCACCACAGCAUGGAAAGUCCGAUCAUCGCUGUUUUGGUAGAUAUAUAUGAUACAUUCAACUUGAGAUGCGAGAAGAGCAGUGCAAGAAUUGUUUGUUGUACGUCUGCUCUUUAUGUAUGGUUGGUAUCUCACGUUUUUUAUCAUGAAGGUAGAUCAGUCUGUCCCUUACAAGGUUAUCGCAUGUGCUCCGAAAAGGGUAAAACAAAUUGGGAAGAACUCUUGCACACUUGAUUUGAGGCCGCUGUCCCUUAUGAUGGGUGUGUGAGGUGCUAAUACCUUCCCCAUGUAUGAACAACUCCCGAA